AUGUUUCUCAGCAGAAGUUUUAAAUUUUGGCAUAACUGGAAGAGUUUAUCAGUGAAUCAAUUUCUAUUCCUAAUCAUCAUAUUUCAGAUGCACGAGGUUCACGGAGAGACUGAUUUGUUGGGAACUACAACCACAAACGGAACUAUGUGUAAGGAGCGAUGGACGUGCUCGUCGUGUACAGAAGCAACGAUGCCACUGUGUAGCUGGUUGGUUUCCGAACAAAUGUGCGUGGAAAAUACGGCGGUGAAAGUACAAAACCGGAUGGUGGUCACCAACGGGUCGUCCUGUCCAAAGUUUUCGGUCAACAAUAUUGUCAAACUAUUGGAUGGCAAACAGAGUAUAACGGCUACAGUUAUAGUUGAAGACUCGGAUAUGGAUGGUGGUUUUGUCCAUUUGUUAGCCAACAGCAGCGUCGAGUGUCACUCGGGCAAUAAGACCUACAAGGCCAAGGUAGACGGCAACCGAAUCUCCUGUUCCUGGGAAUUGGAGCGAACAUCGUCGUACAAAACCAGGUGCCAGGAGUUAAUACCGCACUUCAGUCAUUUAUCGAUAGUAUUCGAUGGCAAGUUGUUGCGAUUCGACAACGUCAGCAACCACUAUUUGACCACGUACCCGGGGGGUGGUGAUUGUCCAAAAAUGGAGUGCCCGUAUUGUCACUGGAACAACGGCACGCACAGGUUUUAUUGUAGUAUGUGUUCAAUGAAGAACACCAAGGACAUAAUACCAUACUGUGACUUACGAAAUAUUUCGAGUCUCUUGUAUUUGAGUACCACCAAUGACAUCCGAAAUAAUGAAAGGUGUUCUAGCAAAGGUCCAAGUGUAAUUAAUUAUUCUGUAACUCCGAAAAUUAUACUUCCAUCACACCAGCCGCCCUCGUCCGACAGCAGUCAAUCGGGCAACAAUAGUUCUCCGGUCCAUCCGACAUUAGACGACGGCCAAGUGUUUGGCGGUAUCGAGUCCGGUAACACCACUUUUUGGGUGCAUGGUCAACAUUUUUCCGACUUGCGGAAAGUGAGGUGUUGUGUCAAACAUAGAUACUGGUGCGGCAACUGUGAUGUCCGUAACGACACACAUAUGGUUUGCCGAACUCCUAACAUCAAAAUCGAUCUGAAAUAUGCAUCUAAAAAUGAAUAUUUGAUGUUUUUCGCUGAAAACUCUAUCGGAAAAGUGUAUAACUUCACGUUACCGGGUUGA